UUAGAUACAAUUUUGUAAGAAAAUGGCUACUUCAAAUCUCUCUUCAGGGACUGAUUUUAUCCUUGAAGGGUUAACAAAACUCCCAGAGCUCCAGUUGCCACUCUUCCUCCUGUUUCUUGGAAUAUAUGUGGUCACAGUUGUGUGGAACCUGGGAAUGAUCCUGUUAAUUGCCAUUAGUUCUCAACUUCACUCUCCAAUGUAUUACUUUCUCAGUCAUUUGUCCUUCAUUGAUCUCUGCUACUCCUCUGUCAUUACCCCUAAGAUGCUGGUGAACUUUGUAUCAGAGAGGAACAUCAUCUCCUUUCCAGAGUGCAUGACUCAGCUUUAUAUGUUCAUUUCUUUGGCCAUUGCAGAAGGUUAUCUUCUAACAGCCAUGGCAUAUGACCGUUAUGUUGCUAUCUGUAGCCCACUGCUUUACAACAUUGUCAUGUCCCACAAGGUCUGCUCCAUCAUGAUGUCUGUGGUGUACUCGCUGGGUUUGUUUGGGGCCACAGUCCACACUUCCCGCAUGUCAAUGCUGUCCUUCUGUGGGUCUCAUAUUGUCAGUCAUUACUUUUGUGAUAUUCUGCCCUUGCUGACUUUAUCUUGCUCCAGCACCCAUAUCAAUAAGAUACUGCUGUUUAUUAUUGGAGGAGUUAAUACACUAGGUCCUACUCUUGCCAUUCUCAUCUCUUAUGCUUUCAUCCUCUCUAGCAUCCUCCAUAUUCGCUCCACUGAGGGCCGGUCCAAAGCCUUCGGCACCUGUAGCUCCCAUCUCAUGGCUGUGGGCAUCUUUUUUGGGUCUAUAACAUUCAUGUAUUUCAAGCCUCCUUCCAGCAAUACUAUGGACCAGGAGAAGGUGUCCUCUGUGUUCUACACCACGGUGAUUCCCAUGCUGAACCCCCUCAUCUACAGUCUCAGAAACAAGGAUGUGAAGAAUGCACUGAGAAGGGUGGUUGGGGGGAGGCAGUCAUCCUGA